AUGUCCAGCGGCGUUGAAGUCCCCGGAAGUCAACGACGUCCCGGUAUCUGGUCUUACUUUGGCUUUUCUGGCCCGCGUCGCCGUGUCUCAGUCUCCCUGCCGAGCAACUUUGCUCCCAAUCGCGACUCGGACGAUCCUUACGAGAAACACGAUAGACAUUCGCGGCAUCGGUCGGCGAACGAGAACGGCUUCAUGAACGAUUACAAGAGCGGUGCAGUCAUGAAUCAGGGGCAGCGGUUACGCUAUUUGAAGACGGGCGGUGUCAUUGCCUUUAUACUGCUUGUGCUGUAUUUUGUUGCGCCGCGGGAUGGCUUGUCGAGAGCGAGAGGAUCACAUUCUUCGGGCGGAAACACAGCAGCUGGCGGUGCAAAGGCACGAUGCACAACGUCCUACUCGAAAGAGAAGCCGCUUAUCCAGUACGCUCUUAUGAUUGACGCUGGCAGCACAGGCUCCCGUAUCCACGUCUACAAGUUCAACAACUGUGGCCCAAGCCCGGAACUCGAGGACGAGAUCUUCGAGCAGACUGCGAAGAAGGACGGCGGUUCCGGUCUGUCAGCGUAUGGCGAAGAUGCUGAGGGUGCCGCCAAGAGUUUAGAUGUCCUCAUGGACGUGGCCGUCAAGAACGUGCCGGCAGAAUAUCAAGGAUGCACACCCGUGGCCGUAAAGGCGACGGCAGGUCUCCGCAAGCUCGGCGAGCAGAAGAGCAACAACACCCUUGCUGCUGUUCGAAACCGCCUGGAAACCGCCUACCCUUUCCCUCUGGUCUCCGCAGAGAAGAACGGUGUAGAGGUCAUGCCCGGUGAGAUGGAAGGUGUCUACGCCUGGAUCACCGUCAACUACCUCCUAGGCCACAUUGGCGGGCCCGACAAGAACCCCACAGCCGCCGUCCUCGACCUCGGCGGCGGCUCCACGCAAAUCAUCUUCGAGCCCACCUUCCCAGACAGCCCUCGCGGUGGCCUUCCCACAAAGCUCGCAGACGGCGACCACAAGUACACGCUGAACUUUGGCAGCCGCGACUUCGCUCUGUACCAGCACUCGUAUCUAGGCUACGGUUUAAUGGAAGCCCGCAACAACCUCCACGCCACCCUCGUCGACUCGCUCUACCAAACCAACAAAGCAACAGGAAGCACAGCGUACCUCCAGUCCCCGAUUGUAAACCCCUGCAUCGCGCCCGGCAUGAGCCGCGAAGUCGCCGUCCACAUGCCAAAAGACCACCCGCUCGGCGCCAGCGUAACAGUAAACAUGACGGGCCCCAGCACCGCCGCGCCCACGCAAUGCCGCGGCUGGGCCGAGAAAACGCUGCACAAAGACGACGAGUGCAAAAUCGCGCCCUGCGCCUUCCGCGGCGUGCACCAGCCGCCCUUUGAGCAAACCUUCGCCCGCGAGGCCGUCUACCUGCUGUCGUAUUUCUACGACCGCACGCAGGACCUCGGCAUGCCUGAAUCCUUCACCCUGCGCGAACUGCAGGAUCUGGCUGAUCGCGUGUGUCAGGGCGAGAAGGCGUGGGAUGUCUUUGCUGCGGUGCCCAAGGCGCUGGAUGAGCUCAAGGGACGGCCUGAGUGGUGUCUUGAUUUGAAUUUCCAGUACGAGUUGCUCAGGAGCGGGUAUGGCAUGCCGAUUGAUCGCGAAGUCAAGAUUGCCAAGAAGAUCAAGAAUAGGGAGUUGGGCUGGUGUUUGGGUGCUAGUCUUCCGCUCCUUGAGGCCAACUCGGGAUGGCAGUGUAAGAUUAAGCAGGUCCAAUAG